AUGUUUGUCCCUACUUUUAGAUCCGCCAACCAAGAUUUGUUGGAUGCCAUGAACACCCUGCAGCAGUGUCUGGCUGAUCCCAAUUGCAAUAUCGAAGCACGUAAUCGCAUUAAGAUGGUCGACAAAUUCAAGGAAUUAAAACGCUUGCAUUCAGAGGAUCCGCAUAAUUGCAAUAAUUUUGAGAUUAAAAAUAGGAAUGAGUCGUGGUUGAAAAUGGUAACCGAAAUGAUAAAUAUCUUCGAAAGCUGCUCGAUCUCACACCCUCGUGAGUCAAGCUCAACACCCGUAAAAGAGCUUAACUCUGAGCUGCUGCAAGCUCUGCUGUGUUUCUUCCUGUUGGGGGAAGAAACUGCGACGAUCAAGAAAAGACAACUAAUUUACUGGUGGGUUGGACAAGGAUUAAUCGACAUCCAUGAUGACAAUGAUGUCGAAAAGGCCGCCAAUGUGAUGCUCAAUCAGCUCAUCGAAGCGAAUGCAAUCGAGCAAGUGAUUAGCAGAGGAUGGAAAAAGAGGUGCAGUCAGUAUAAGUUGAUGAGGAAGAGUUUCUCUAAUCAGCACCAACAAAAUGUGGGUGUGUUAAAGAAACAAGAAACGUUUGACGAGCAAUCACAAGCAAUGAUCGAAACAUUGUUUAACUAUGAUGUAUCAAUCCUAAACAUCCCAAGUGAUUGGUUGCGGAAAAUGAGGAACCUUAAGGUACUUCAUUUGGGUAGGUGGUCGAAUGAUCUUGAGCAAUAUUUCGAGGUUGAAAACGUUGAAUUUCUUCAAGGCUUAAAGUAUCUCAAGCAAGUAAGAUUCAUAUGUUUUAAAGGGAUGUCAAGGAUUAUGGAUCUUGGUAAUGAAAUAUGUAGUCUUGGACAUAAUCUUCGAGUUUUGGAUCUCAAAUCAUGUCCAAAUUUAGAAGUACUUCCUAAGGGAAUAGGGAAGCUUAAGAAUUUGACACACUUGGAUGUCUCCGAAUGUUACUUGCUUGAUCGUUUUCCCCUCGGAAUCAUCUCGUUAACUAAGCUCCAAGUGCUUGAGGGGUUCGUGAUAAGUGAUGUCGAUACUACUUCUUCGUGCAAGUUUAAGGACUUAGCGAAUCAUUUGGGGACAACCUUGCGAAAGCUUAGUAUCAGAACACGGAAGGUAACAUUUCCUGUUGAGGAUGAUUUAAAGGCCUUGGCUAAAUUUGUGAAGCUUUUGAAACUAAAAGUUGUAUGGAUUAAAGUAUGUGAUUCUGAUGAAAAGGAAGCCACAUUGAAGACUAAAGAUCGCUUGCAUUCGCGAGCAUUGGUAAGGAACUUAGCCAUGACAUUUCGUGGGGAACACCAAGAAGAAAUUCCCAGAGGAUUACCCAAGCAACUGGAGAAAUUGGAAGUCCAAGGUAUUCCUCAGAAGGCAGUAAAUAAUUUGAUUUUGCGCAAUAAUGAAAGAUUAGAAAGCUUGAAGAAAUUGUACAUUAUAGGGGGAGAGUUAUUUGAUCUGACUGAUCAAGGAAGAAUUCAGUGGAAAGUGGUUGAGACAAUGCAACUUAAGUACUUGACUAAGUUACAUAUGAAUUGGAGGCAAUUUAAGAACUCAUUUCCUAAUGUUAAUUACUUGGAGAUGAUUCAUUGCCCCUGUCUCUCCUUCUUUCCAUGUGAUCAAAAUGGUAUUUGGAGACCAGCUGAAUAUCUUUGA